AUGCAGAUCGGCAAGGAAUUCCCCUUGCGCCCAAACUCCUCUCACCAAAAUUUCGACUCUCUUCCUCCGGCCAUUCAACGAAAGUGCUUCUCCUCCCUUGAGCGAUUGAGGAUUGCUCAAGAGGCAAUUCCUAAGACAAGGCCAGCUACGUCUCAUGGAACAGCAAAGGCCUCUAGUCCCACACCAUCCUCACCACGACCCAAACUAGCUCGGAGAAAUUCAAGCUACUUCAAAAAUCCUCCCUUCCUUCGCUCGCGCAAAGCCUCUCCCACCAGUGAAACUUUCGAUUUCUCCGACGCCCAAUGGUUCCAGAGUCUGCCUCCAAAGCUCCAGAGAACACAUUUUACGGAAAGGGAGAGGAUCAUCCUGUCUGGAUACAAUCCUCAACCAGUCCUUGCCGACGCGGCUGACAAGCGCCUGCUUGGUUUCUUGAAAUAUCUUGAAACUGUUGCAACCGAAGACAACGUCCCUUCUCUUCGUACGGCGACUUCUCCACCUGAGAGCCCAAGGUCAUCAAUAUCUUCAUUUGGGGCCGCUGACGGCAACGACAUCGACGAAGAAUUUUCCUUUCUUCCGUUUCAUCGCUCACACAAGAUGGACGACGCAAUGCGGGACCAGCUUCAUUGCCUCGACAAAGACUUCGACCUGAACCUUGCGUCUACUCUCGAUGACUACCAUCAAUUCUACGCAGAGAGAGUUGUCAAGCGCCCAUCAAAUCACAAACCAUCCUUCCGCAAGGUCAUGUCAUUAUCCUCUAUACCUUUGGCUUCAUCGGCACAGACUCCACCCCCACUGCCAACAAAAUCAUCAUUCACGGCUACAGCUACUCCUCAGCAGUCAACCACUCCUGUCAGCCCUUCGUUUCCACCUAGCGUACACAGCUUCUCCCGUCCCAAGCGCACAUCAUCUCACAAGUCGAACCCAUCAACCCUCACCACUGAAGCAGCGGCUACAUAUUACCACGAUCCCUCAACCCGCUUGAUGCUUCGGGCCUUCGCUUCACCUCAGAAAUUCGACGAGGGAGUCGAGUUUGGCUACCCUCAGCUAAGAUCUUCAGAAUCCAACCAGUCGUCUCGGCCUUCUCUAUCACAACGACGCAAAUAUGCCACCACGGAUGGCCACGCGCGGACAACAUCGGCACAACAGACGUUCCUCGACAUGAGCAGCCCAUCUAUCAUUGACACUCUCGACGUCUCCUCGGAAGACGAACUAGAGUCCGAGGCCGAUGACAAUGAAGAUGCCGAAACCCGCUCCUUGCCGGACCGCCACAGCCCAUACACCCCUGAGGACGCUCACUUUCCGCAAUCUUACCUUCUUUCCCCAUCCGCCACCUCUCAGCCCUCUCUUACCACUUUCCUGCACCAGGACCUGCAACCGCCGCCUAUGCCCAGCAAACCUGUCCUUCGCCGAGACCACUCUGCCCCGUUAGAAGAGCUGUUGUCAGGAAAUAGAGACAUGACGCUGAAGAUGACGCUUACAAGGCCAGACCUCAGGGCUGGGGAGCGUCAUACCUCACCCAUCAUCGAAAGCGGGAGCAGAGGUGGAAGCAAAGGGGCGAGCAAGAGUACGGGUAGCGAUUUCCAGGAUCCUUUUGCGCUGGAGCAGCUACCGAGGUUUAAAGACUCCUCCAGUGGAACAGGGGUUGGUUUGGGGCCUGCGAGUAUUUGGGACACGCUACCACCAGUGAAAGAGAGUGGACUGAGGAAGAUGUGGAGGAAGGUCAGUGGGAAGGGAUAUUGA